GGAAGAACAGGAGGAAGAGAUGAAGAGAUGAAGAGAUGGGAAAAGGAGGAGGUGUAAUAGAAGUACUGGGAGGUGGAGCAUGAGGUGGAGCCUGUUUGUUGACAUCCGACAACAACGAAAGGCAGAUGAGUGAAGACUGGUGAUAAUAACUCCAUUUCUCGCCCUCAUCGAGACACACAGCCUUGGCGAGAGCUAAGGUCCCCUGCACCUCGCUGUCUUUGAUCUGAGCCCGGAGAAGAAGAGGCUAACAUGGCAGCCAAAGCAGGAGACAACCCCGACAGCCUCAUGACUCUGGCAACCGUCUUCUGCCUGAGGAACCUCAGGAAGACCAUGUGCUACCAGGGGUUCAGGAACAAGCUCUGCCUGCGUUCAGACAUCUUCCUUCCAAGCGAAAUCUGCGACAAGCUGGUCAACACAUAUAUGGAGUUGGUCCACACAGACAGUAACUUUGAACCGGAGGAGAGCUUCUUCCAACUGUUCUCAGACCCUCGAAGCACCAGACUGACCAGGGUACAGCUGAGAGAAGACUUUGUGCGUGACAGAGAUCUGGAGGCCAUUAGAAAACAGGACUUGAUUGAGCUCCACCUCACCUACUGCAACAGUCUGUCAUCCCGCAGCUUGAAAACACUGACCUGCUUUCGUGAGACCCUGGUGUCUCUUUGUCUCUUUGGCUGCAACCACAUCUUCUACCGGAAGGGUGGCGCCCCGCUCGCAUGCAACGAGGAUACCGAGGACGAGGAGGAGGAGAGCCCUGCUUCUAGGCAAAUGCUAGAGACUGACUUUAACUUCCAGGGGUUCAACCGCCUCAGGUUGCUCAACUUGGGUGGCCUGCCUGACGAGGUGGAUGCUGAGAGCCUGCUCAAACCCCUGAAGUCACUCACCUCACUAGAUCUAUCUAAUGUACAGUUGCUGGGAACAGCUUUUCUCACACAGUGGAAAGAUAGACUGGCAUCUCUUGUUCUCUACAACGUGGACCUGUCAGAGGAGUUGGUCAAUACAGUGGUGGAGAUUGUUAAUCUCAGACAUCUUGACAUCUCACGGGAGAGCAGGCGAACCUCUAAGAUUAAGAUGACCAGGAAGAUCCUGACGGCCAUCGUGCAGCGUCUGGUCAACCUGGUGUCACUGGACAUCUCGGGUCACGUUAUGCUGGACAACUGCACGGUUCCACACUUUGAAGAAGCUAUGGGUCGGCCAAGGUGGGUGGCUGUGGCUCAGAGGAGGCCCCUGCAGUUUCUAGGGUUAUAUGACACACCUCUGCAAUGUGCACGCACAUUCCCCGCUUACAAGGUGACUGGAUCCAAGAAUGAAGACCAGGUCCUGAAUGCCAUUGAGGCUUACACAGAGUUUCGCCCUGAGCUGGCCCACAGAGCCAUCAAUCAGCUGUUUGACAUCGCCAGGAUACAGCACUGCAGCCAACUGCUCCGAGCUUUGCAACUUGUCAUAGCAGCAUUGAAGUGCCAUAAAUAUGAUAAGAGCGUCCAGGUGACGGGCAGCGCUGCUCUCUUCUACCUGACCAACACAGAGUACCGCAGUGACCAGAGCGUGCGGUUGCGCAGAGAGGUCAUUCAGGUGGUGCUAAAUGGAAUGGAGCAGUACCAGGAGGUCACUGUCCAGAGGAACUGCUGCUUGACUCUGUGCAACUUCAGUAUUCCAGAGGAGCUGGAGUUCCAGUACAGUCGGGUCAACCAGCUGCUGCUGAAAAUCCUUGAGCCGGCCAGGCAGGAUGAGUCCAUCCAGAGAAUUGCUGUGCACCUCUGCAACGCUCUGGUCUGUCAGGUGGACAACCAUCACAAGGAAGCUGUGGGGAAGAUGGGCUUUGUCAAGGUAACAUUUAUAUGAGCUUGUUUCCUCUGUUGUUGUGAAAUUAGAUUUUCGGGGUUAAAGAGAUCAGAUGUCAUUUGUGUUGUUAGAUUUGACCAUUACUUUUGAAAGAACAUCGCUCUUGUAAGGAAGAGCUGCCACAGUGCAGAGCCCAUGGAUCCACUCCAGUUCUCAGGCCAGUUACUUGGUCAAGGCCAACGGCAGGAGUAUUCCUAAUAUCUAACAAGCUUAUUUUUGGGAUGGCAGGAAACCAGAGCACCCAGAGGAAAUCCACAUGAACACGGAGUGAACAUGCUCCACAGUGUGUAGACAGUAUUGUAGUUGUGUCUCUGUGUUGGGAAAAUUAAUUGUAGUUCUGUAUAUAUAUGUAU